UGCUAUCGAUAGCUGUAAAUGUCAGCGCAAGAUUCAAAAAAUAGAAAAUAUAUAACCAUUUUUAUAAAUGUAAUUGCAAAUUCUUUGUAGAAAAAUGAACUCUUGUAUGUUUAAUGUGUUGCUAUUUAUUGCACUACUGGGCGUAUGUGCUUCGUUGCCCAGUGGGAAUCAGGUAGAGAAGAAUAAUAAAAACGUUAAAACGCUCAAAUACCAAAGCUCUGUGAAGGAGAUUGUCAAGGACUUGAUAACAAAUUGGAAUUCACCCAUUGUGUAUCUCAGGAAUCGCGGUUACCUGAAAGCACCACAAAUAGAUUUUGAUAUGUUCCGCAAGGACCUGGGCAAGAAGGCUAAACGAAUGUCGGGAACUAACGAAAAUGGCAACGAUCUUGGUGAAAUGUUUCGCUCACUCUUCGCCUCGAGCGACAUUGCAGGCAUCUCGGAUAAAAUCAAAUCCAAACUGGGCGUUGGUUGGGACAUGGAUAAACUGAAGACAUCAGUGCGCAACGAAGCAUCCAAGUUCUAUGAACAGUUUUACAAUAAACGCAGUCAACAAGUAUCGAAUGGUCAGCAGGUUGAAGAAAGUGCCGAUAUUGACAAACAAGUGGCUCAGUUAUAUCCUUCAGUUAUUCCCAGUGCAAGCAAUCAGCAAACCGAAAAGGAUGAAAAGAAAGAAUCACUUGAGCCAGCCGUUCAUAAGGAAGCCAAGUUUCUUAGCGGCAUUGCCAAGCUUCUGACCAACCGUGAGCUAAUGGGGAAGGUCAAGUCACAGGAGUCCAAAAAACCCCUAACAGCUGAGCAUCCCAAGACACUAUAAUAGUUUUUGUGCAUGUUUUGAGUUUAGUUCUUGUUUGUGUAAAUUGAGUCCUGCAUACAUAUUCAAAUUGAUUAGCGAACUGAUUAAUUAAAACAAGUUUCUAUUUGUUACACAAAUUUGAUGAA